UGUAAUUCAACAGACGCCAAGCACUUUCAGUGAGUUUUCCGACGUAAAACAACCUACAGGUGACAUGGAGAAGUUUGAGGUUUUAACAGUCGGCCUUGGUGAUCCAGAAGACUUUAGCCUGAAGGGCUACGAUAUCUCAGCCAGAGCUAUAGUUGAACUGAAAGAGAGAUCUUAUCACCUGAUUUUCGUGGGUGCACCUGACGGGAAACAGGAUGAGGUUGCAGCGAAUUUACUGAAGAGUAGAACUGAUAAAAGCCAGCUGACUGUGAGGAAGUUCGUACAGAGCAAAAAGAAAUUGAAAAAUUAUUUUGUGAAGUUGUUCUUUGUAUGAUGCUCUCCAGAUCAGAAGGUUUUGGCCUGACGGCAUUGGAAGCUUUUUCUGCCGAUCUUCCCCUUCUUGUCAGUGGCAACUUAGGAUUUGGUGAAGAUGUGGGACAUAGUUCAUGCUUCUAAAAGUCGAGAGACAAGUUUCAGUACUCAGGAGACCGAAGAUGUCGACACGUCAACCGAACAACGAACAGUUGAUUCAUUACUGACUCGAAGUUCUCUUGACCAAAUCAUCCAGGAACUCCAACAGAUGCAGCUUGAUGCAAGCAAAGUUAAAAGAAGAACAGAUCUAUUAUCGGGGCUGAGGAAGAUUGCAUCAGACAAGGGCUUUAGAAUAUCUGACAAUCAAGGAUCAGGGAUUUGCAUGUUCUAUGCUCUGUCAGAACAGCUGGAAAUUGUUAAAGGAAUCAAAAUCCCAUACGGCACAUUAAGACAAACCUUGGUCCAGUACCUCAGGAGUAACCCAGAACUGCUGGAUGGAACAAAUGUUUCACUUUGUCCAUGGACACCAAACGUAGACUGAGUACUUGACAUACAAGGAACAAGAUGGCGCUUGGGGUGAUCACGUGAUUCUGUGUGCCGCAGCAAACUACUUUGAAACGCCCAUUCGUGUGGUCAGCAGUCUACCCCAUGGCAAUGAUGUGACGAAAGCAAACCACUUGUACUGGGACAUAUUCAUGAGGUGCACUAUGUCAGCCUUCAACCCGCCCAAGGUUAAAAUAGCAACCCCUUACAGUCACUUUGAUCUUCCCUAAUGAAGAGCCCGGCCUUGCUGAGUGAUUUUAUAGGCACAGAGACUAUUGAUGCAAAUUGGCCAACUGGAGCCGUCUUCGGUCUGAGUUUUCAGAUGUGAACUUAAGAGGCUUAGAUUUAAUAACAUAAGUUCUAUAAUAAUAGUUUUCCAGUGUAUCGCAUAAAGAGAAAAACAAGCCAAACGACAAAGACUGUUAGAAGAGAGACAUCCCAUCUUCAAAAGUUGUGGUUACUAGACAAGAGUGCACUACUCAGAACCAAAAAAAAAACACUAUCACCAGUGUGGAACUUUAUUUUAGGGGCUCGAACCAUGAACUCGGGACUAACAAGACAUUUUAUUGCUACGUACUAUAUAUGUAUAUACAACCGAAUAACAACCAUGUACAGUUGCAGUAAAGUAGCAAGUUAUUCAAUAUAUUGAUAUUUUACUAUUGAAAAUACGUAAUCAAGUUAAUUCUUAUACUAUAAUAGUACAUUUAAUCACGGUUUUAGUCACACUUAACGAUCAGAAUGUUUCUUUGGCUCUACUGCAGCAUGGUCUCAGCAAUGCAUGGAAUAAACAGCUCUUACAGCUAUUGGUCUAGAAUGAAGUGUUCGUUUGACCAUUGUAAGUGAGGCCCCUUACAAUGGCCAAUGGGGGUAAUACAUAUUGGAAAAACCCAGGACGUUCACUUAGCGAAUGUUUUCCCAAGGUGAUCACAUAAGUGAUAAUUUGCCUACAAGUAACACUAAAAUAUAAUGACCCUUAAACCGCCACUCCGCCCAAGGAGAGCAAUCAAAUUGACGAAGACACUUCUCCGUGAUGCUGUACAUCUGUUUAGUAAGAACUCAGAGAAGAAAUCAUAUCAAAAUGUGGUAAAAACAUACAAGAGGCACGUAUUAGUUCACAAUAGUGAAUAUCCAACCUUAUUACACGACUCGGGCAGUCAGAGGGCCAAUAACUAAAAUCAACCAAUCAAAAUGCUCUAUUGCCGGUCAA